UAUUUCCAUUGAUAAGGCUAAGGAUGGAGAGCAGGGCGAGCAGGCCAGAUUCACUACCGUACCUGCGACGUCUGAAGUCUCAUCUCGAUCGAUCGCAAUUCUUCUCCAAGUCCGUGCAUGCAUGCUAAAGGCCUAAAGCUGCUUGCCACUUCACGAGUUUUGCUUCCGCAUAAAUGCAGAGAUGCCAAGUGUCUGCUUCCGCAUCCGUAGUAUUCCACAUUUCCACCCGACCCUUGAGCGGCAUGCAUAUAAUAUCGAAUGGCAAUCAUCAACAACUUGCUAGCUAGCUACUGUACCGGUACUAGCUAGUAGAACAGGAAUCAUCAAUCCAUUGGUUCCGCAAAUCCAUAGUCUAGCUACAUCGUAGUUCCGCAGGGAGGAGAUCUCGCGAGAGGGACCAAAGCAACUACGUUAGAUCUAGUUGAACCGCUUACGCCAAUUUGGUGAGCAAAGAAAAAAUCAAAACAAAGCUUUGAAUCCGGUAAAAUCCCAUCACACAAUUGAGUUGACUGGGCUAAGUGAAGUCGUCAAUUGUAUACAUAGUUACGGUGAGGGUGAGUGAUGAAUACCUUUGUAUGGAACAAACGCGCCGUGCUGCAUCUGCGCAAUGGCAACACUUCGAGCGGAGUUCUGAUUUUGCUCAGGACCGUCUUUCAGCUCCGAAAAGCAAAAGCUCGUUUGCAGCAGCAGCAGCAAGUACUAACACGAAACAUCGACUAUGACACCACAAAUAGUGCGCAGAAACAAGAUCAGAGUAACAAUCCCGCCAUAGCCAGUAUGAGCACAAGCACAAGUACAAGUGCAAGUACAUCGAGCACGAGCACGUGCGCGAGCGCGAGGGAAUCCUUCCUGACGAGCGUCCCAAUCUCAAACCUCUCAAACCAACACAGGGUCGGUGGGAGCACCACUGCCAGUGUUGUCCCUGAAGCAGCGGAUCCAGCUACAAGUGUGAAUGCAGCUAGUUCUUCUUCUACUACUACUACUACUACUACUGGCAUUCGAUUGUUUGAUCACGCCUUUGUCACUUGUUCCCCGCAUCCGCAGGAGGGAUCUCACUUUCGUCCCCUGGCUUAUGCCAUGCUCCUCUACAAUGCGGGCCUGGCCUUGCACAUCAGGGGACUCGAGACGGACGACCAAGACCACGUGCCAAAACAACACCACAAUGAACGAUCCUCCUCUGCAUCGCUUCAUUUGGCAGCCAAGUUCUACACGUCCGCUUUAGAAGUGCUCGAACGCAACUGCCACGACGGGACUCCGGGCGAGAUCACGCUUUUGCUUCUCGCCGUCUUCAACAACUUGGGGCACAUACAGAGCCACUUCUUUGACGUAACAGAGACAUUGAAGAGUGUAGAAUGGCUACGCGCAUUGACAGAGGCCAAGUCAUCCACACUGCUGCCGGAAUGGUGGGGGCAAGAACUUUUCUUCCGGCUCAAUGUCGCAUUCAUACCUCCGGGAAGCGUCUUCUCGCUGGCUCCGGCUGCCUAAGAACAGCGCUUGUAUAGUAUACUGCUGCUGUAUCAAUGGAGGAACGACGAUGGCAUCUGACAUCUGAUAUCUGACAGCCCAUUGGCUCUGCAACGGCACGGUACUGUGCGACUCCACUUUGCGAGUACCGCGGUACGAUGUAGUCCAUUGUAGCUCUGCCAUGGUACCGCUACGUACAGCACGUGUAGAAAAACGCUUUUCCUAGCAACUAUAGUAGCUUCACGAAUUAAUCUAAAUUGAACAUACAUAAUAAUAUAUCUGCA